UAUCGCUCCUGCAGCAUGGGAAGCGGGCACACUACAAGCCAGUUACAAGUUAAGCUGAAGUGAGUGCUAUUCACCACUUAUCUUUGACGGCAAAGAUGUCAUCAAAAAAGAAAAAUAAAGGGAGGUCGUCCAGAUAUAAUGAAGGGGAAAGUGGGAGUGGUUUAGGAGAAAGUUUCUCUUCAGCUGGGUCGCCAAGAAUUCACAGUUCAGUAGACGAAGAAGAAAGCAAAAUUCAAUAUAACCUGUUGCUCACUGUCACUGACUUUUUGGACAAGGCUGAUGAAAAAGUUCCAAAAUCCUGCAGAAGAUCGCUUGUACAACUGAGCCUUAAUAGCAUGAAAUCAGCAAACAUCUGCAUUGGACGACCAGUCUUGCUUUCAAGCAGUGGUGGUAAGCAAGAAGUAUGCAUUGCUUGGCCUGCAGCAAGUUUUCCAGGAGGGAAGGUUGGAUUGAAUGGGAACACACAGAGGAAUUUGAAAGUUAAGACUGGAGAUACAAUUACUGUCCAACCUGUGAUGGGCCCUAUAUUGCAGGCAGAGGAUGUGCAUGUAACAAUGCGACAGAAAGACGACUGUUUAAAUAUGGAUGAAUUUACUGACUUUCUUCUUAGAUCUAUGGACAGAAAAAUUGUCCUGCCAGGAAAUGUCCUGAACGUGACAUUUUAUGGCCGUUCCUGCAGCUUGAAGGUGACAAAGGUGAAAGGAGUGGAUGGCACAGUAUUGGAAACGCUAGGUUUACAGUUAAAUGAAACAGAAAAUGAAGCACCUGACAUGUUAACUGUGGACACGAGUGCCAUGAACAUAUCUUUGCAGCUUAGUCAGUUGAACUUCGAUGAUGGUGAAAAGAGUCCUCCAGCAAGCACUCCAAGCAAGCCCAGUACCCACGAUUCAUUCACUACUCCCACUAGCAAUGAACUGAUCCCCAGCUCCUCUCCACUUUAUACUGUAGAGGAAGUGGACAGGCUGGAAGAACACAGUGUAAGCGACUUUGCCAAAGUGAAACAGGGUAAAACUCAAGAGGAGCUGAUCUCACAUCCAUGCGAUUCAGGAAUGAAAUACAACACUGACACUUUUUAUUACAUAUCGACUCUCACAAAAGUAAAAUUUAUAGAACAGGAGGUUGACACUGUUGAUGAACAGGAGACUAAGCCCAAAGUAACCUACAGCAUGAUUGGGGGACUGAGCAAUCAGCUGGAUGCUAUAAGAGAAACAAUUGAGCUGCCCUUGAAGCACCCUGAGCUGUUCAAGAGCUAUGGCAUUCCUGCACCCAGAGGAGUGUUGCUGUAUGGACCACCAGGAACUGGGAAAACUAUGAUAGCCAGGGCUAUUGCUAAUGAAGUAAAAGCACACAUGACUGUGAUCAAUGGUCCUGAAAUCAUGAGCAAGUUUUAUGGAGAAACAGAAGCAAGGCUGAGGCAGAUAUUCUCUGAAGCGUCGCAACGCGCGCCAGCAAUCGUUUUUAUUGAUGAAUUAGAUGCAUUGUGCCCAAAGAGGGAGGGUUCUCAGAAUGAAGUAGAGAAGAGAGUGGUCGCUUCUCUGCUUACCUUGAUGGAUGGCAUAGACUCGGAGAAAAGCAAUGGCCAGGUCCUUGUUCUAGGUGCUACAAACCGGCCUCAUGCCCUAGAUCCAGCUCUCCGCAGGCCCGGCCGCUUUGACAAGGAAGUCGAGGUUGGUGUUCCUAAUGCGAUGGAGCGAGCAGACAUCCUGAAGAAGCAGCUGAGGGACGUCCCCUGUCUCCUGACUGAAGAGCAGGUUGUGCAGCUUGCUGACAGUGCCCAUGGGUAUGUGGGGGCAGACUUGGCAGCUGUCUGCAAGGAAGCAGGGCUGUAUGCUUUGCGUCGAGCUUUAGGCAAACACACACAACCCUCAGACAUCCAGGUGAUGGGAACUGUGGCAGUUACUCUCCAUGACUUCCUGCAAGCGAUGAAUGAUGUCAAACCCAGUGCCAUGAGGGAGGUUGCAAUUGAUGUCCCCAAAGUGCGCUGGUCGGAUAUAGGUGGAAUGGAGAAUGUGAAACUGAAAUUAAAGCAAGCGGUAGAAUGGCCGUUGAAACACCCAGAAUCUUUCACAAGAAUGGGGAUUGCGCCCCCUAAAGGUAUUCUUCUGUACGGCCCCCCUGGAUGCUCCAAGACUAUGGUAGCAAAGGCCUUAGCCAAUGAGAGUGGGCUCAACUUCUUGGCUAUAAAGGGUCCAGAACUAUUGAGUAAAUACGUGGGUGAAUCUGAAAGAUCUGUCAGAGAAAUCUUCAGGAAAGCUAGAUCUGUGUCCCCAGCAAUUCUCUUCUUCGAUGAAAUUGAUGCCUUGGCUGUAGAAAGAGGAAGCUCUUCGGGUUCUGGGAAUGUUGCUGACCGUGUCCUUGCACAGCUGCUGACUGAAAUGGACGGGAUUGAGCAGCUCAGGGAUGUCACUAUCUUGGCAGCCACGAACCGUCCAGAUAUGAUAGACAAGGCCUUGAUGCGGCCAGGUCGGAUUGAUCGAAUCAUCUACGUGCCUUUGCCAGAUGCAGCCACACGCGCAGAGAUACUUAAACUACAGUUUAGAAGAAUGCCCAUUGCUGAUGAUGUCUCCCUCGAUGACCUUGUGAUCAAAACAAAGAAAUACUCAGGAGCUGAGAUCACCGCUCUGUGCAGAGAAGCUGCUUUGUUGGCUCUGCAGGAGGACAUCCAGGCCCAGCAGAUUAUGGGAAGACACUUCGAAAGUGCUCUGGAAAUUGUUACACCAAGGAUUCCUGAUUCACUUAUCCAGUUCUACAGCAACUACCAUGAGCAAAGUGGUCUGCAUACACUUUGACCAUAUCUGAAGAUUUGAGAUACAACAUUUCAGUCACCCCAUGUUACUAAACAUUGUGUACCAGGAGGCUCACACGGUACUGAAGAGUCAGGUCCCUGUACUUUUGCUUCAUUUAAUUGUUUUAGUAAAGGGUAUUUAAAAAUGCAUGAGAAUAAAGGUGAAUAUCCUGGUAGCAUUUCAAGAAAUGCGGGAUUGUAUUUACUGUCCUUUCCAAAACCAAAGUAUGCCCAUAAUUUGUCUUUGUAAUAUCAGUACAUGAUAAAACAGCAAGUUCUCUGGUCUGUCACCCUGUUAAAAGAACAAUGCUUGCACUAAUGUUAAAAUGAAUCCAUUAAAUUUCAUGAAAGUUG